CAGCCUAAAACUUGUUAGAAGUUGGCCGGAGCGCGGCUCAUUUAAAAAACAAUCCUGCUGUGCCGUGAGCUACCUCGGUGAGAAUAGAAACUUCUUGAAAGUACAGACAUGGAUGCAAAGUGGAUUCUGCUUCUCCAUGUGGCCAUCCUUCACACAGUGACUAGUGCCCCGGAGUCUGUGCUUGCUCAAGAGGGAAAGUCUGUCAACCUGACCAUGCACAAACGUGUCAACCUGGACCCAGAUGAUGCUGUCUGGGUAUUUAAUCAAACAAGAGAUGUUGUUAGAUAUUAUCCACACCAUCCUAAAUCUCGCCAACUAAGAGUCCUAGGCCCUUAUAGGGGUAGAGUAGAGUUUAAUUGCACCACAUUCUCUCUGGAGCUGAAGAACCUGCAGAAGACUGACUGCGGACUCUAUAGAGGAGAGAUAAAUGCAGAAGGGAGAAAGACUGUUGUUGAAUACAGGCUCUCUGUUUACGAACAAGUAUCAGCCCCUGUCUUGGCUGUGGAGCCUGUCCUGUCCAGUGGUGACCUUUGUAACAUGACGGUGACCUGUACAGCUGGUGACCUCUCUCUGACCUCCACCUGUAACAGCAGCACCUGCACACAGAAGGAGCUGACUGGAUCCUCAAGCCUGGCCAUCUUUAUUAGAGAUGGAGUCAUCAUCUGCAGCCAUAGUAAUUCAGUCAGUAGGAGUCAAGCCACAGUGGACUUUGAAAAAGUGUGUCCGGCACAACAUUUUAGUGACAACCAGAAUGCGAUGAGUACUGCUAUUGCUGGAGGAUUAGUGCCAGUGGUACUUAUCAUUUGUGCGGUGCUAGUAGGUUGUGUCGUUCUCAAAAAAUGUCAAGGAAUCAAGGUGGCAAAGAGGCAAAUUAGCCCCACUAUCAUACUCCCUAGCAAGGAUCAGUCUGAUUGUGGAAAGGGUUCCCCUGCAUUUCACCAAACCCCGGGAUCAGAACUGAAGAAGCAAAACCUCUGUAAGCCUUUGGUCACACCUUCUGCUGAGGGUUCCUCUAAAUUACCCCAAACCCCAGGAACAGAACUGAAAAAGCGAAAGGCUUGGGCCACACCUUCUGUUAAGGGCCAAUACCUGGGAUCAGCAGAGAAGGAGAAAAGCUUCUCUGAGGCCUGGCCCUCACCCUCAGUUAGAUUAAUGAUAGAGAGUGAAUCCCCGGGAUCAAGGAAAAACCAAAGCCCCUCUAAGAACAAGCCCUCUUUUGCUGUGGUAAACCUCUCACAGGGAUCAGAACCCAAGAAGCAAUACCGCUCUACACCUAGGGCUACAUCCUCUUCUGUUAAGAAAACACUGCUCUACUGAGGGUCCAACACAGCCAUGGAGACUACACUGCCUGAGCAAGUCAAUGCACACUUACUCAGACAUUUCAAAAGAGCAUGAGACAGUACAAGGGUAUUAUUAAAGUGAAGUGACAUGGUAUUUAGCAGACACCGUUAUCCACACAGAUUCUUAACGACGGGUUCAAGAUGCUCCACCACAUCCAUAGUAUGCUGUGAAUUAAAUGUAAAUACAUGUACUGUACAUACUGUAUAGAAUCAAUUGUCUAUUUGUUUGUUUUUAUUUUAUCUUCAUUUUUCUAUCUAUUCUAUCUUUCUAUCUAUUUCUAUCUUUGUACAUAUUUUUUGUGUUCCAUUGUGCCUUGUUUUUAUGAUGUGUGCAAAGAAAAUAUACUGUACUAUGCCAUUUGAAAUCCUAUAAUUGUUUACCAAUUGUAAACAUAUUUGGAUGUUGACUAUUUAUUCUUAGUUCCAUCUUCACGAUGCAGGUAAUGUCACAGUCUUUUUUUCUGUGUGUAGGCCUUUGAAAUAGUUUACUUUUACAUGUCUCAAAUAAUCUUUUAAGAGUUCCCCUGAGAAAGACUUUUGUACAGCAUAUACUGUAUACCUUAAGAGACUGAGCACUUGUUUAAUUGAUUAGGGAUAGGCUAUACUGAUUCAACACUCACGAGUAAAAAAAAAGUUUUGUCCAUCUAUUAAAGUUGUCAUAUACUGUAUACACAUCCAGUCUUUAGAAAGCAAAAGUUCUACCAUGUUAUGUUUGCUUUUACACUGUUUUUGUUUUGUAACUCUAUUAUGGACUUUGGAUUUUUUAAAAUGUGUGGAUUAGCUAACUUCAUAUUAAUGUGAAACUGCUUUCAGCGCUUGGUCCUGGCAGGGGGUAUGAGGAGCUGCAUUGUUUCUCAUCGGUCUACCAGUAGAGUGUAGUUUGGUUGGAGGGAGAAGGUCAUGUAGUGGAUGGAUGUGUUCAUCUCUUACACUCUUAAAAUGAAUGUUUUGUUUUCAACACAUCUCUGUUUCCAGAUAGGGACAACACAGUUUGUUUUAAGAGUGUAGCAAGGUGAUUGCUGCCUCCUUUUUUGUUAAUUCAAAGUUACAUAGUGCAAUCAUAGUGUCAUCGAUUGAGAGUGUAUACUGUAUCUAGAACUCAUAUAAUGCAGAAAUAAAAACUGAGACAACACCCAUCCUUGAGUGAUAUGAGUCCAGUGGCUGUUGUUAACAAGUGCCCGUUUGUUCUGGCCAUGGAGGUAGGUCAGGGUUCAUGGAGUCUGUACUGUCCAGUGGUGACCUCUGUAAUGGUGAAAACUAUUGGGUUGGUCGUUUUUGUUCAUGAUUUUACAGAAGGAGCUCCCUCGGCGGCAGAUAAACACAGGGUCAUUAUGAAGACAAUAUGCUAUAUACGAUAGCAACUUUGAGGGAAAUUUGUUUUAUUUACUUACUUUACUUUUAAGUAAGUACGUUUGUAAAUAAGUAAGAAAGUCUUCUUUGAGGAGUUGAACAGCUGUAUAUGGGAACAAAAGACUGUCCUAUGAGCAUGACAGUGAUGGGAGUCCGACACUGAACAUGCUUCUCUGCCUGGUGAAUGUGCUGUGUAAGAGUUGCUGCUGUUGUCUAUAUGACAGCAUCUUGUUCAGGGACCCUUUGAUGUUAAGGACCCUAGCUCAGUGCCAGCAACGGAGCAACAGCAGCAGCUUUCCAGUCCAGUCCAGUCUAUCCUGUCGCUCUGUGUCCCUCUUCCUAAUGCUGCCUCUUC